UGAUAGUAUACUCACAAACAGAACCGAUAAAUCUUCUCAUAAACCAUGGAUAGUGAAAAAAUUAGAAGAACUUAAUCCAUCAUUAGUAUUAGAAAAUAAUGCAACCAACGAAAGAACUUUUCUUGCGUGGCUUCGAACAUCCCUUUCGUUCAUAAGCAUUGGGAUAGGAGGAUCAACAUCCAAUCCUCAUAAAGAUGAUAAAGCUGGUAAAGGACUAGGAAUAGCUUUUAUAGUUCUUGGAAUUGUCUUUCUUGGUUUUGGUCUCUUUAGAUAUUUUAAUUCUCAACAACUUAUGACAAAAGGUAGUUUUCCUGCCAGUAGAGGUAGUGUUAUAUUAGGUUUAAGAGAUUUCUCGCCCUUUGAUGCUUUUAAGAAUGUGCAAGACAUAAGCAAGCCUGUUCAACAACACUUGCUUAAGGUCUACCUAACUCUUAGUACUGUUUGUUUGACUAGUGCGGCCGGAGCUUACGCUCAUACCCACGAUUUGUUCUUGUUUAAUAAUUUUGCAUUCAUGGAAGGUCUUUCAAUUGGGCCUCUUAUCGAACUUACACUUAUGGUUUCCUAUAGUUACCAGAUUAUAAUCAAUGCCUGCAUCUUGACCUUCUUAAUCUUUGGAUCCUUCACGUUAGGCGCUCUUUUGAGUAACAAGAGAACCUAUAUAUAUCUUGGAGGAAUAUUGGGUUCUGCGAUUUCAAUGUUACUUUGGAUGUCAUUCAUUAAUGCGUUCGUUGGUUCCGUGGCUUUGUUUUCUGCAGAACUUUACAUAGGAUUGGGAGUGUUUUGUUUAUAUGGUAAUUACUAG